AUGGCGGCCAACAAGUACUCCGUCAUCCUCCCGACCUACAACGAGCGUCACAACCUGCCCAUCGUCGCUUGGUUGUUGAACCGCACCUUCACCGAGCACAAGCUCGACUGGGAACUCAUCAUCGUCGACGACGGCUCCCCCGACGGCACCCAGACCGUCGCCGAGCAGCUCGUCAAGGCCUACGCCCCGCACGUCGUCCUCAAGACCCGCUCCGGCAAGCUCGGCCUCGGCACGGCCUACGUGCACGGCCUGCAGUUCGCGACGGGCAACUUCGUCAUCAUCAUGGACGCCGACUUCUCGCACCACCCCAAGUUCAUCCCGCAGAUGGUCGCGCGCCAGAAGGAGGGCAACUACGACAUCGUCACGGGCACGCGCUACGCCGGGGAUGGCGGCGUCUACGGCUGGGACCUGAAGCGCAAGUUCGUCUCGCGCGGGGCGAACCUGUUUGCCGACACGGUGCUGCGCCCUGGAGUCAGCGAUUUGACCGGCAGCUUUAGGCUGUAUAAGAGAGCGGUGCUGGAGAAGGUGAUUGGCAGCACGGAGAGCAAGGGGUACACGUUCCAGAUGGAGAUGAUGGUGCGCGCCAAGGCGAUGGGGUGCUCGGUGGCAGAGGUGCCGAUUACGUUUGUCGACCGGAUUUACGGCGACAGCAAGUUGGGCGGUGAUGAGAUUGUGGAGUACGCGAAGGGUGUGCUCUCGCUUUGGCUCAAGGUUUGA